CUGACAGCUGACUUCUGAAGACGUGUACUUUCCGCACCGAUUCAGCCGUCUAGUUUGUUCACUUGCCUUAUUGUUAUUCAUAAUAUUACACGUAUUUCGUUGACAUUGUUUAGAGAUAUUUGUUGUCCUAAUGGCGACGGUCGAGGAGCUGAAGCUGCGGGUGAGAGAGCUGGAGAAUGAAUUGAUAAAGUGUAAGCAGAAGCAGUGUGCCGGGGAGGAUGCUCACAGCCUCCACAGACCCAAGAUUGACAAAAUGAGCGCAGAGGUCGUGGAUUCCAACCCAUACAGUCGUCUGAUGGCUUUAAAGAGAAUGGGCAUCGUGGAUGAUUACGAGAAAAUCCGGACAUUCACAGUCGCUGUGGUUGGUGUUGGGGGAGUUGGCAGUGUGACAGCUGAAAUGCUCACUAGAUGUGGCAUUGGUAAGUUGCUCCUCUUUGACUACGAUAAAGUAGAGCUGGCCAAUAUGAACAGACUGUUCUUCCAGCCUCACCAGGCAGGCCUCAGUAAAGUGGAAGCUGCAGAACACACACUCAGGAACAUCAACCCAGAUGUGUCAUUUGAGACCCACAACUACAAUAUCACCACAAUGGACAAUUUUACACAUUUUAUGGAGCGCAUCAGUUAUGGAGGGCUGGAGGAAGGGAAGCCGGUGGAUUUGAUCCUGAGCUGUGUGGACAACUUUGAGGCCAGAAUGGCUAUCAAUGCAGCCUGUAAUGAGCUCGGUCAGAUCUGGAUGGAGUCUGGUGUCAGUGAGAACGCUGUAUCAGGACACAUCCAGCUCAUCAUUCCUGGAGAGACGGCAUGCUUCGCUUGUGCUCCUCCUCUGGUGGUGGCAGCUAACAUCGAUGAGAAGACCCUAAAAAGGGAGGGUGUGUGUGCUGCCAGCUUACCAACAACGAUGGGCGUGGUCGCAGGCCUCCUGGUGCAAAAUGUCCUCAAGUUUCUUUUGAAGUUUGGAACUGUCAGUUAUUAUCUCGGCUACAACGCCAUGCAGGACUUCUUCCCCACCAUGGCCAUGAAAGCCAACCCCCAGUGUAAUGACCGCUACUGCAGGACACAACAGGAAGAGUACAAGAAGAAAGAAGCAGAGCGCCCAAAAGUCGAAGCUGUACAGGAAGAGGAGGAGGAGGUCGUACACGAGGACAAUGAUUGGGGUAUUGAACUAGUAUCUGAAGUGACUGACGCAGAGUUACAGGCUGCAUCAGGCGCUAUGCCGGACCUCCCAGAAGGCAUUACCGUGGCUUACACCAUUCCAGUUGAAGAUACAUCAAGUGGGGAGACAGUGGGGGACACUGAACAGAGCCUAGAAGAGUUGAUGGCUCUGAUGAGAAAGCUGUAGACAACAAUCUGAAGGUGCUAUUUAGAUAAGACAUGCCUUUUCUCAUGUGUCUAUUCCAUUGGUUUCUUUGAUAACAAGCAUCAUGAAAAAGCCAAUUAAUGUCAAAUAAACAAUUACAGAAUGCGUUCAUCUAACAGCUAAAUAACGGAAAUGCAUGGAAAAUGCUGCUGAUGACAUUUACACAACACAUACUAGGAAGGUGUGAAGCACUCGGAGUUGGCACAGUCUAAUGAAAUGUAUAUCAACCUAGGAUAAUAUCACUGUUAGUGCAUUAACAUUGUAACAAUGUGUAUUUUCUACGGUUUUGAUUAGUGACCGAGUUUUUCCUCCCUCCCUAUUAAUGUGCUCGUCAUUCACUCAGCUUUAAAAUAAACAUCUGCUGCAACAGAUUAAAACAUUUAAA